GAAUACAAAGAAAAUUUUCAGAUUCAUCUUCCUUUGCUUUAUUUAUUAUUACAACAAAAGGCUUUAUGAUCCAACACUUGUUUGAUGUGACUUUAGAGUAUAUGCAACAAGGGAAUAGGAAUGGUAGACAAGGAACAAGCUAAGAUGCCAAUGCUUGUAUAUGUUUCUCAUGAAAAGAAACGUUCCUAUCCUCACCACUUCAAAGCCGGCGCCCUGAAUGUCCUGGAAGAACGGGGCCGGCCACUUCAAUGGACCAAUCAAGUAGUUGACAAAAAACAAGCUGAAAGAUAUGAGAAGGAGAUAUUCGAUUUCCAAGGUGCAACCCUUAUGCUUGUCCCUCUGAUUACUCUAGCCAUUCUAAACAUGGUAUGCUUAAUUGGAUGGGUCUUCAAAGUAAUUGUAAGGGGAAGCUACGAUGAGAUGUUCGGACAGAUCUUUCUCACAUCCUUCAUACUGGUUAACAGCUAUCCACUGUAUUAAGGGAUGAUGAUAAGGAUGGGACUCCGGCUGGAUUCCAGCUCAGAUCACCAUCUUAUCUGUGAUAUGUUCACUGCUUCUUGUCUCUUUAGGAUCUAUUAUUCUCACACAAUAAGUGUCAUCCAUCAAAGAUUGAUGGCGAUUAUCAAUCCCUUCUAGAUGACAUUAGUGCUUCUGCAGACAAUGUUGAUGGACAAUAUGCAAGUUAGACUUCUCAGUGGUUUUAUCUAAGUAAUUAAAAACCCUCUACUUAAUACUUGGUGAAGUUAUGAAA